UUAAUUGAAAUUUUCAAAAAACAACCCCCUUUCGGAAACGGAAUGUUCGCCCCCAAACGGGGGUCCAACCCACAUAGAUCGCGGUGCUGCGCGUUCCGCGUUCCGCGGGCUCCAACACCAACACCUGGAAAGGUGAAUCGCCGCUGAUAGUGUGCGUGUUUGUGCCUUUGUGGGGUGCGUGUUUGCGCUCUCGAUCGCGGGUUCUAUUGGGACCCCCCAGCGGUUCUUGCGGGAUGCAAAGGUAGAAAGAAAGAAAGCGAGCUCAGCGAGUGGAGGGGCUGCUCGGCCUACCAGCGCUUUAUUCAGGUGGUUUCUCGUGCUCGUGCGGUGGAUCUUAAAAUUUAGUGCACCGGAAAGGGGGGUGGUUGGUGGGCUCCUUUUCCGACAGUUCCGGUGCGUAAAGAAAAACAGAAACACGAUCGGUAGGGGAGACGAUGUCUGAGACGCAGAGAGUAGAGUGAUUAUCACCAGCGGGUAGAACCCGGCUUCGGCUCAUCGAACUUGAAAAAAAAAUAAGCUGUCUGGCCGGUCAUUGAGGGUCGUCACGAUUAGACGUGGACGCGUGGUGAUAGCGGCGAAGGCUUUCACUUGCACUUCAGACGCAUCGGAAACCGUGGACCAAUAGACGGAGAGAAGGAGAGAAAAAGGGGGGGGGGGGUGAAAAAUAGCGAGAGUACAGGCCGAGACGGCGGCGAAGGUGACAAAUCGUAGUGCGCGAGAUGCGCCAGCAGCAGUCGCGUGUCCGCAAACACCACUCCCGACACCAUCAGCAGCAGCAGCAGCACCAUCAGCAACAGCAAAAGCAACCCCUUCCCCAUUAUGGCGGGAAUUAAACCGAAUAUCUAUGCCGUGCUAGUGACCGCACUAGGAUUCCUCUGUCUGGUCAUCAGCGCGACGGCUGUCGGCGUGCCCGUCUGGGCGUACUAUGAAGGCCGUUCGGGAGUAGAGGAUCGAGGGUACUUUGGACCAUGGCAAAAGUGUCAAGUGCUGAGCUACCGAGAACGAUGCGGUGACGUUGGUCGCUUUCGACCACUAGGAGUGGUCUUUGCCAGUGGUAUGCUUGCUGUCGGUGGUUGUGUACUGUUUGCGAUAUUCUGCGUCCUGAGCAUCAUACAGAUCGCCAUGAUUUCGUCGCGUGAUCGUGUCUGUAUGAGCUACCUAGCGCUAGUCACAGUGAAGCUCGUGGCGUCCGUUCUAGCGACAGGACUUUCACUUGGCGCGGCUGCCUUGUUCGCCCUGCAAACCGACGACGAUCGAGCGGGAUACUACAUCACACGAGGGAUCUCCUUCUAUCUGCAGAUCCUAGUAGCGGCGCUGUCGAUGGGUUUGCUUGCUCUAGCCGUUUACGAUCGUAUUCUCACGAAGCGGCCCGAAGGUGAUCCGACGAUGCUUUCGAACGCUUCCUCUAACGGUCGGCCACGUGGUUCGACCUAUAACAAUCCCGGUUUUCGAGAAACAUCACACAAUCCUAACGGGAUUUCGGUAACGGAUGCAUCGGGACGACCAUAUCCUCCGUCCGGUAUGAACGGCAGCAUGCAAUCGGUCAACACGACAGUUACGACCGUUUCGAACGGUUCGACGAUAGGGUCCGGCUCGGUAACGAGGACACCAUUGCGAUCGAGCCUAAAGAAACCGCGGCCACCAAACUCUACCAACGAUGGCCUUGGUAUACGCAAUCCGGGUUACUCCGGUGGCAACCAAUCGCCACGGAUGCAGCGCAAUGGAAGCGUCAAGAAGGUGCGCAUUCAAACGCACAGUACCGAUGUGUAAGCGGUAGUACCAUCCUACUUAUCCAUGAGAUACAUAGCAAGCAGUGGUAUCCAUCCGUUUUCCGUCCAUCGUUUCGCUUUGCGGCCAAUUGUAAAUUAUGCGUCCAUCCUGAUUGGCGCUCUGACGUGAGGUGUAGUCCAUUUAAUGUUUAAAAGCAAAAAACCACGUGUAAAAUGUCGAGAAAAUGGGACGCACGAACUGAACUGUAAAUAGAGGUGAUGCGAACGAGGAGUGCGUGUGCCCCGUUGUGUGCCGCGUGAUUUGUAACCCAUGCCUUCUUACCUGUUGCCUUAUCCAUCAUCGCCUUGCGAGUAUACCGAGCGCAAAAGUGGGUCGAACGGCAAUCACAGAAUCCCAAACAAUCUCGAAGCAAUUCAAUCUCAUCCGUUCUAUAGCCUUUAAGCUAUUCUCUCUAGGCCAUUCAUAUCGUUCUGUUGGACAGGCCGUCGUGAGUGUAGGGAACAGUAAGCAAGCAUCAAUGUAUUGUUUAUCAUCGUAUUGAGCAGCAUACCGUGCAUGGGCAGGGUAGGGAAGAGAGAUGAUUAUUUGUUUAAUUUUUACGUAGACUAAUUGCUAGAAAAUGAAAACAAACCUAUCUGUGGUCUUCCAACAGGGUCUUAGCAACACGCAACCUGCACUCGUCCAAGUAUGCUGGGAGCAAGUAUUCCGUCCAUCGAGAAGGGAAUUGAAUCCGUCGCGUUAGGUGUAUAAGUUAGCAAAGGAAGAAGUUUCUAGCGCUAAGCCAAUCCAAUCAGCAGCAUUCCAAUCAGUUUUACGUACGUUUAAACACAGAAGAAUACUGUCCAAGCGAUGUUUUCUUUCGCACCGUUUCUCUGCACUGUUUCUGUUCUUAGGUGGUUAAGCAAUAGGAAGCAAUAUCGAGGUAAGCGAAUGCAGUUUUAUGCCGCACGGGAGAUUGUGCAUUGAUCGCGAAAGUAUUCUUAUUUUUUAAACGAAUCCGAGAAUCCGAAUCUCGGAGAAUCAUACAAUCGAGGAGGAUCGAGACACAGCAAGCAUGUAGAGUCAGUGUGUAUAAGUUAAUACUUUUUUAGGAUUUAACCUGAUGUUUUUUACCCCUUUUCGUUACGUUGCACUCCGAUUAGCGGAGAAAGUAAGGCGGGGGGCCGGAUGUGAACCACCAUACCGUGCCGGCGCGGCGAGCCUACUGUGAUUCAUUAAGAAUGAAUUGUUUGAUUGUUACGAUCAUCCUUGUGGAGCACACGCGCAGGUUAUAGUUUCGGAAAAGCGGUUCUGUUGCUGUUGAGGUCUGACAACUCCCGGGCAUGGGAACAAUGCGGACAGAGGGCGCCUAAUAAAGACAGAU